AUGCCCAAAGUCGAAAAAGAUAAAACACCAAAACCAAAACCUUAUGAUGCAAAGAAAUCAUCGGGUGGUGAAAAUUCAUUAAUAACAUCAUUUUUUCAAAAAGAAACUAAAAUAAAUGAAGAAGAAAAAGAAAAAAAGAAAGAUAUUAAUUUCAAUAGUGUAGUUGUCGAUUGUAGUAGUGAUAGCAUUUCAAAAGCAACAGUUACAACAACAACAACAACAGAAACAACAGCAACAAUAACAGCAACAACUUCAGAAACAACAAAACCAACAGUAAUCACACCAAAACCAACACCAAAAUCAACUUCAAAAUCAAAAUCAACAUCAAAAUCAACUCCAAAAUCAACUCCAAAAUCAACUCCAAAAUCAUCUAAAGCAUGUCAAUUUCACAGAUCAAGACGUCAUAAGUGUCCGGAAGAUUGUAAAGAUAGAAUACCAUUAGAUAAUAAUAAAAAUAAAAGUAAUAGUAAAAAUAUUAAUAAUAAAAACAAUGAUAGUAGUAUAAAAAAUAACAAUAAUAAUAAUAAUAAUAAUAAUGAAGAUGAUGAUAGUAAUAAUAAUAAUAAUUAUUUAGAUGAAAAUAAUGAAUAUCCAGAAAUUGAAUUCUUAGGUACUAAAUAUAAAAAUGAUAAAAAUGAAAAUCUUAUCAAUAAAUUUAUUGAAUCAAAAAAGAAAUUUACAGAAUCAAAAAAUACAAACAAUGAUGGAGAUGUUGUUAGUGGUGGUGGUAGUGGUGAUAAUGAUGAUGAAGGUAAUAAUAAAAUACCUUCAAGAAAAUCAAUAAAUUCUAUGACACCAAAGAGACCAGCAAGAUCAUCAAAAAAAGUAGUAAAUAAAUUACCUAUUGAAAGUUCUGAUGACGAUAGUUAUCAGUCAGCAUCCAGUGGUGAUUCAAGUGAUGAUUAUCAAACAGCAUCUGAACAUGAAUCAGAAUCAGAAUCAGAACCAGAAAUAUAUAAAUCAGAUGAUGGUGAAGAAGAACAAAUUGAACAAGAAUUUAAGAUACCAAGUAAGAAUAAUAAAAGAUCAUUAGCAAAAAAAGGAAAACCAACAACAGUAAAAAAAACAGCAGCUCCAAAAAAAGCAGCAACUCCAAAAAAAGCAGCAUCAACAGUAGCAGGAGUAGCAACACCAAAAAGAGCGACACCAAAAAGAGCAUCAUCAACACCAUCUUUAUCAAGAGAAUUAUCGAUUAUUGAAGGUGCUGGUGGUGAUGGUGAACCAUCAAAUAGAAAUACGUUAAGUGUUUAUGUACCAGCAUAUAAUUUUGAUAGAGUUCCAAAUGAAGGUCUUUUCUAUGGUACUGAAUUACCAAAUUUUGAUAAUAAACCAAUACUUCAUUUGAAGGAAGUUUUAAAACCAUCAUUCUCUUUCCUCAGUAAAAGAGAAUCGAAUGGGUAUCAUUGGAAUCAUGAAAAGAAAUCAUGUGAAUUUAGAUUCUCAUCAGAUAAAAACGAUACAGCCGAUCGUUCACUUUCACAAUUUGAAUCCAUUCAAAAUCCAACCGAAUUUAGAAAUAAAGAUACAUUAACUUGGUGUGGUGGUCAUAUUAGUGCUUUGGACUGGUGUCCAUUGCCAAUCGUUGGUAACAAUUGUUCAACCACUAAACAAUAUUUAGCAGUUAGUGCUCAUAAAGAUUCAAAAUCAACUCAUCAAAAGAGAGAAGUUUAUCAAGGUAAAAAUAUAAUUCAAAUUUAUGAAUAUUCAAUUAGACCUCAUUUUAAAUCAAAUCAUGAUGAUGACGAUGAAGAUGGUGAAGAUGAUGAAGAUGGUAAUAAUAAUAGCAAUAAUAAUAAUAAUAAUAAUAAUAAAAAUGAAAACGAAAAAGAGAAUGAAAGUGAUGAAAAUAAAACAAAAAAAAAAAAACCAGAUUUUAAUAAAGCUGAACAUAUUAAUGCAACACCAAGUGAUACAAGUUGUCCGAAAUUAGUAUACUCAAUUACACAUGAAGGUAAUUGUUGUUGGGAUUUGAAAUGGAUGCCAUAUGGUGGAUAUUAUGAAGAUAAGGAAACAAAGUCACCAAUUAGAUUGGGUGUUUUAUCAGCAUUAUUAGGUGAUGGUACUGUAAAGAUUUGGCCAAUUCCUCAUCCAGAUUUUGUUGAAAAACAAUUCAAUAAUGAUAAUUCAAAAACUAAAACUCAAUUAACCAAAUUCUUAAAGAUUAAACCAAUCUUUGAUCAAUCAUUAAAUUUAAAUGAUCAAUCAUUAAAUAACUAUGAAAAUUGUGAAUUCAUUUCAACACCUGCAAAAGAUGAAAAAGAUUUCUUUGGUACAAGUAUUGCUUGGUCAUCUUGUUUUGAUGAAACUUCACCACCUUGGAUUUUAAUUGGUUGUUCAAAUGGUUCCUCAUUCAUUUUCGAUUUAAAUUUAAUUAUUAAACAAUAUCAAUUAUCAAUUGAAAAUAAUAAUAAUAAUAAUAAUAAUAAUAAUGAAAAUAAUAAUAAUAAUGAUGAUGAUAAUGAUAAUUGUGAAUUAUAUUUUGUUGAACCAUUAUUUAGUAAUAAUCAAAAGGAUUAUAUUACAAGUGUUACAUUUAAUCCAUUAGAUAGGAAUCAAUUUUUAAUAAAUUAUCAAAGAUCAACUAUAUUUUGGGAUAGAAGGAAUUCUUCGUUACCAAUAUUUACCAAUUCAAGAGAUUUCUGUUCAAAGACUAAAAUGAAAUGGCCACAAAAUUCAAAUUUACCAGCAGUAUUAAUUUCUGAAGGUUCAAAUAUAAAGACUUUUAGUUUAAUGAAUCUUCAAAAAUUUGGUUUACCUUGUCAUGAAAAUGAUAUUAUGGAUUUCGAUCUCUCAAAGAAUUUACAUUAUUGUGCAAGUGUUGAUUCUGAUGGUAAAUUAACAAUUUAUCCAAUUUCAAAUGAUAAAAGAAAAUAUAAAUUUAAAUCAAAAUCAAAUGCAUUAAUUCAUUAUGAAUCUUUAAAAUUAAAAAAACAAACUAUUCAAAAUAAUGAAAAUAAUAAUAAUAAUAAUGAAGAAACUAGUGAAGAAACUAGUGAAAAAGAAAAACAAAUUCAAGUAUAUAGAAAUAAGAAUAAUAAUGAUGAAGCCUCAAAAGAGUCAUUAGUAUUUUUAAGUAAACCAAAAAUGUUAAAAGAAUUUCCAAAUCAAAGAGCUGUUUUUGCUAAUAAAUCAAUGUUUGUUUAUAAACCAAUAGAAUCUUGUCAUUUCCCUGAUCCAAAAGUAAACCUAACAGUUGUCUCUUGGAAUAAAAAUACAAAUUAUUCAAAUUGUUUAGCAUUUGCUUCAAGUCAAGGUUUUAUUCGUGUAAUUGAAACUGAUUAUUAA